CACUUCUGGAUGUCAAUAUGCGGCUUGGUGCGGUGCUGGGAACCACAACCACUGGAAAGAUGUAAACCAAGUAACCAGCGGAAACCACCCUCAACGAAGACACUAAUCGUAGUGUAGCUUUGGUCUAAUAAACGGAACUACACCAACAGGUAGCUCGUCGGUUCGUUAUCUCCCAAGCCAGCGGAGCGCCUGAAUCUAGCAGCCAUCUUUUGUGAGAGAAUGUACGGGGCGACGCGGCGGGCCUGCUCGGGCUCUGGUCGGGACCGGAGCUUGCUGAUGCUGACAACCGCACUCCUCCUCUCGGUUAUCGGGCUGCUGUCCGGCUUGCCUGGCAUCAGCGAGGCGAAGGAAUGCGAUAAACCGUGUAUGAACGGCCAGUGUAACACCGCAACUGGCGAGUGUGUAUGUUUUCCCGGCUGGGUUGGGGACCAAUGCCAGCACUGCGGAGGGCGCUUCAGACUGAUGGGUCCCUCUGGAUAUCUGACUGAUGGUCCAGGAAACUACAAGUACAAGACCAAGUGCACCUGGCUCAUUGAGGGACAGCCCAACACCAUUCUGCGAUUACGCUUCAACCACUUUGCUACUGAAUGCAGCUGGGACCACCUCUACGUGUACGAUGGCGACUCCAUCUACGCGCCCCUUCUGGCUGCUUUCAGCGGUCUGAUUGUUCCUGAGCGAUACGGGAAUGAGACCGUUCCGGAGGUGGUGUCUCAGUCCGGCUACGCCCUGUUGCACUUCUUCAGUGAUGCUGCCUACAACCUUACUGGCUUCAACAUUUCCUACCGAGUGAAUGCAUGUCCCAACAACUGCUCUGGCCAUGGCGAGUGUCAUAUGGGGAACUCUACUGCUUCGGUGUACUGUGAAUGUGAAGCCUCCUGGAAGGGGGAAGCCUGUGACAUCCCGUACUGCCUGGCUGACUGUGGGAAACCUGAAAGAGGCAUUUGCCGGGGCGACACCUGCAUCUGUAAGGCUGGAUGGCAAGGUCCCGACUGCUCCGUCUCCGUUCCUGCCAACUCCUCUUUUUGGAGCCGGGAGGAGCACACAGAGGCCGGGCUGGCCAGGGCUUCCCACAAAGCUGUAGUUGAGCAGGGCGUCAUGUGGGUCAUCGGAGGCUACGUCUUCAACGCCUCCGACUAUCACAUAGUCAAAGCGUAUAACCUCAGCAACAAGACGUGGCUGACCCUUGACCCCUCCGUCAACACUGUCACACCGCGAUAUGGGCACUCACUAGCCCUGCAUGAGGGGAAGAUCUACAUGUAUGGCGGGAAGAUUGACGCCACAGGAAAUGUCUCCAGCCAGCUGUGGGUUUUCCACAUCCAGAAUCAGACCUGGGUCCUUUUGAGCCCCAGAGCCAAGGACCAGUACGCCGUGGUGGGACACUCUGCCCACAUCGUGCCUCCUGCUGACGACGGGGCCAGUCCUGUCAUGUUAGUUCUGUUUGGACACUGUCCUCUGUACGGUUACAUCAGCCAGGUGCAGGAGUACAACAUUGCCAAGAACACGUGGAGCAUCGUGUCUACGGAUGGUGCACUGGUCCAGGGGGGCUAUGGCCACAGCAGUGUUUUUGACCCCAGCACUAGAGCCAUCUAUAUCCACGGAGGCUACAAGGCCUUCAGUGCCAACAAGUACGGUCUAGCAGGAGACCUGUACAAGUUUAAUGUGGACAAGAGGAAAUGGACUAUUCUGAGAGACAGCGGCUUCUUCCGGUACCUUCACACAGCAGUGAUGGUGAGUGGGACGAUGCUGGUGUUUGGAGGAAACACACACAACGACACAUCCAUGAGCCACGGCGCCAAAUGCUUCUCCUCCGACUUCUUGGCCUACAAUCUAGCGUGCGAUGAUUGGACAGUGUUGCCUCGACCGGACCUCUACCAUGACGUUAACCGCUUCGGGCACUCGGCAGUCUUCAGCGAUGGUGUGAUGUACGUGUUCGGUGGCUUUAACAGUCUACUGCUCAGCGACGUCCUCAUCUACACCUCGCCCAGCUGCUUGGCCUUUUCCAGCCUGGCGUCCUGCAGCCAGGCCUGGCCAGGAAUCCACUGCGUGUGGAACGCCACCCAGGAGGUCUGCCUGCCUUGGGAAAGCGACGCCAUCGGCCCCGAACAGCAACAGCUCCCAUCCUCCUGUAACACGAGAUCAUAUGGUGAUAGUGAGAGAUGUGACCAGUAUACCGACUGCUACAGCUGCACUGCCAACACCAACGGCUGCCAGUGGUGUUCAGGCCAGUGUGUGUCCCUCGGAAGUAACUGUACCUCUGCAUCGGGGGCCACAGCCGAGUAUGAAAAUUGCCCCAAGGACAACCCGUCAUAUGUGUGCAACAAGAAAACAAGCUGCAAGAGCUGCGCUGUGGACCAAAACUGUCAGUGGGAUUCUCGCAACCAAGAGUGCAUCUCGUUACCAGAGAACGUGUGUGGCGAAAGCUGGCACCUGGUGGGCAACUCAUGUCUGAAAUUCAUCACGACGAAGGACUCGUACGAUAACGCCAAGCUGACCUGCAGGAACCACAAUGCCGUCCUGGCCUCUCUGACCACACAAAAGAAGGUGGACUUUGUCCUGAAGGAGCUGCAGAUAAUGAGCGUGGUGUACAAGGCCUCUGUGACACCGUGGGUAGGGCUCAGGAAAAUCAACGUAUCCUACUGGUGCUGGGAGGACAUGUCGCCUUUCACCAACACGACUCUGCAAUGGCUGCCGGGCGAGCCGAGUGACGCCGGGUUUUGCGGCUACCUGGCCGAGCCGGCGGCCACUGGACUGAAAGCUCAAACCUGUAUAAGCCCAGUGAACGGCAGCCUGUGUGAACGACCAGCCAACCACAGUGCUAAGCAGUGCCGGACGCCCUGUGCCAUGAGAACCACCUGCAGCGAAUGCACCAGCAGCAGCAGCUCAGAGUGCAUGUGGUGCAGCAACAUGAAGCAGUGCGUUGACUCCAAUGCCUAUGUGGCCUCCUUCCCCUUUGGCCAGUGUAUGGAGUGGUACACCAUGAACACUUGUCCACCGGAAAACUGCUCUGGGUACAGAACGUGUGGACAGUGUCUGGACCAGCCAGGCUGCGGUUGGUGCACUGACCCCAGUAACACGGGCAAAGGUCAGUGCAUUGAAGGUUCCUACCGCGGGCCCUUCCAGACCUCUGUCCCGGCCCCUUCCACCCUUCCCGGCCUGCCCGCCAAUCCUCAGCCGGCCCUCAACGCCAGCAUGUGCCCAAGCGAAUCCAAGUACAACUGGUCCUUCAUUCACUGCCCAGCUUGUCAGUGUAAUGGUCACAGCCAGUGUGUCAACGAGAGCAUCUGUGAGAAGUGCGAGGACCUGACAACCGGCCGACACUGCGAGAGCUGCAUCUCCGGCUUCUACGGAGAUCCGACCAACGGGGGCAGCUGCCAGCCCUGCAAGUGUAACGGCCACGCAAGCAUGUGCAACCCUAACAAUGGCAAGUGCUUCUGUACCACCAAAGGCAUCAAAGGAGACAGAUGCCACCUGUGUGAGGUCGAGAAUCGCUACCAAGGCAACCCCCUCAAGGGAACAUGCUACUACACGCUCCUCAUCGACUACCAGUUCACCUUCAGCCUGUCACAGGAAGACGACCGCUACUACACCGCCAUCAACUUUGUGGCCACACCUGAGGAGCCAAACCGAGACCUAGAUAUGUUCAUAAAUGCCUCCAAGAACUUCAAUCUGAAUGUAACCUGGGCGACCAGCUUCACCGCAGGCACCCAGGCUGGAGAGGAGAUCCCUAUCGUCUCUCGGAGCAACAUUAAGGAGUUCAAAGACAGCUUCUCCAAUGAGAACUUUGAUUUCCGAAACAGCCCCAACAUUACGUUCUUUGUCUACGUCAGCAACUUCACGUGGCCCAUCAAGAUCCAAAUCGCCUUCUCCCAGCACAGUAACUUCAUGGAUCUUGUGCAGUUCUUCGUCACAUUCUUCAGCUGCUUCCUGUCCCUGCUCCUGGUGGCUGCCGUGGUUUGGAAGAUCAAACAGAGCUGCUGGGCAUCACGGCGGCGAGAACAACUGCUGAGGGAGAUGCAGCAGAUGGCCAGCCGGCCUUUUGCCACCAUCAACGUCGCCUUGGAGACUGAGGAGGAGCCGCCUGACCUGAUAGGAGGAAACGUCAAGUCCGUCCCAAAACCCAUCGCCCUCGAGCCUUGCUUUGGCAACAAAGCCGCCGUGCUCUCCAUCUUUGUUCGGUUACCCAGGGGCACCGGCGGCAUCCCUCCUCCAGGACAGUCUGGCUUGGCAGUGGCCAGCGCACUCGUCGAUGUAUCUCAGCAGAUGUGUGUGGGAUACAAGGAGAAGUCUGGUGGACUGAGAAACCGUAAACAGCAGCCCACAGCGCAGCCAUCCACCUGUAUCUGACUGCAUCCCCUGUCCUCUUCUACCAUCCCAACACCCAAAGCUCUCCCAUCAGCCCCCCGCCUCGGCCCCAUCCUUCAGAGACUUCCGCCAGCUCUGUUCUGGCAGGGAGAGAUGCAUGCUGGGACGCAGGACUGGAACAUUUUGAUAAAGGGGCUGAGACAUCUGGCAGACUGCAGCCUGAGAGGUCUCCCCCGUCCUCUCCUCCUACAGGAACGUUGAUGCUUUGAGUCCCCUCGAACUGAUUGAGAGCAACUAGACGCAGAGAGGGGGGAGGGAGGGAGGAUGGGUGGGAGGCAGGGACAGAGCAGGUGCUGACCCCUCCCCUCCCCCUCAAAAAACAUUUUACAUUCGUCGACACCACCUCGUUAGUCGAGGCGGCCACGGCUUGCUGCUAGAAGAGAUCCUUGUCUCAUAGUUUUUGACAAAAAAAUCCAGAGACUUUGCGACCCUCUAUGUUCGCAUUUUAUUUAAGUUAUUGUUGUUCAUUGUUUUGUAUUGUGUUAUUUUGAAGACAGGAACAAACUGGACAUUCUCAGCUGCACAUGCACACACACAACCAUAAUACAUACACUUGCAGCAAGCCCUUGUACCCAUUUGUAGCCCAUUGUCACCUGCUGUCAUGUUCACAGCUCAGCACUGAGGGCUGUUGUCACUGGAGUCUUGCACAGUUUGGCCUCCGAGCAAGCUAACAGCAUGUUCAGUCUUCCUUUAAUGAGGAUCCACUGUAGGAGGUUGCCUGUGUAGCCAAAGCCCAUUUAAAGAGUGUGUGACAUUUCAA